AAAAGAAAAAGAAAAAGAAAAAGAAAAAGAAAAAGAUGGGCUCAGAGACUUUCCUGGAAGUGAUUCUGGCGAUUCUUCUACCUCCCGUCGGCGUUUUCCUCCGAUAUGGUUGUGGGGUAGAGUUCUGGAUAUGUUUGUUGUUGACUGUGUUGGGUUACAUCCCUGGGAUCAUCUACGCUAUCUACGUUCUUGUGGUAUGAUCACCAAGUGAAGUAUCUUCUUGUACAGUUUUCAUCUGAGUUAGCCUUUGCUGUUUUUCAUCACUCUUUGUAAUAAAAACUCUUGCCUUCUCUGAGUUAGCCC